AUGGAGGAGCUAAUGGCAUGGAUCGAGAAGUAUGCCAGAGCAGAAGAGGACACGCUAGGGAUGAAGGCACCAAAACAGGAGAAGAGAAAUGGCUCGUCGAAGCGAGACCGAGGUAACACUGGUUCUAAUAGGCAGGAAACAGGGUUGAGGGCUGCACAGGCAGUCACCACUGUAUUCAGGAUCCCGAUCUACAAAGUUCUGGAAAUGAUCAGAAACCAAUCGUAUUAUAGAGUACCAGAGAAGAUCCCUGGUGAGUUUAUGGAAAGGAGCCUUGGGAAGCAUUGUGUUUACCAUAAUGAAGAUGGGCACUUGACUCAAGGAUAUAGGGCUCUAAAGACACACUUAGAGGAUCUGGUCAGACAUGGUCACUUAAGAGACCUAGCAGAUGAAGCCAGAACAAAGGAAGAGCAAGUAAGGCAACCCGAGGCACUGGCAGCACCACCUUUACCACCGCCACCACAACAAGCAGAUGGACCUUGGGUGAUCAAUGUGGUUCACUCAAAGGUCAAUAAAAAUGAUGUGCGUGGGAAAACUCAGAGGGUAAGUCACCUACAGCAUGUGUACCAGGUCCAGCAAAAGAAGCUUAAGACAAAUGAGUACUAUGGUCCAGUUGUUUCUUUUACUGAGGCAGAUCUGGAUAUGGUGCAACAUCCACACAAUGAUGCCCUGGUGAUAAUGCUGCAGAUUGGAAAGUGCCAAGUGAGGUGCAUACUGGUUGAUCAAGGCAGUUCUUGUGACAUCAUGUAUGUUAGAUGUUACAAGGAGUUUGGCCUUCACCUAGAUAACCUAGAACAAUCCAACAGCCUGAUGGUUGGAUUCAACAGAACACCAACAUGGCCUCUAGGAGCUACGAAUUUGGAGGUGUAG